AUGGUGAAAUCCAACACAGAGCUGUCUGAUGUGGAACAGACAGAAAAAAACAACCCAAAUAUCGGUGGAAAUGAUGCAGAAAGCACGAAAACUGAACCGGAGUCGGGGACGACAGGAUGGGUUUUCCUAAUGACUGUUGUGGCUUUGGCUCUUAAUAUGACAAUUGUCGCAACAGCCAUACCCAAAAUAACGGACGAGUUUGGUGGUAUCGAGCUGGUCGGAUGGUAUGGGUCGGCAUUCUUCAUAACGUUGGGAAGUUUCCAGGCCUCUUGGGGAAAAAUAUACAAAUAUUUCCCGCUCAAGCCCGCGUUCCUGGUCUCCAUUGUUCUUUUCGAGGUGGGAAGUUUGAUGUGUGGUGUCGCAAAGAAUAACACCACAUUGAUCGUCGGACGUGCCAUCACUGGAAUUGGUGGCGCCGGCAUCUCGUCCGGAGCAUUUACCAUCAUUGCCUUAUCUGCCCCACCCAAGCAGCGACCGGCAUAUAUCGGAAUCCUCGGCGCUUCAUACGGAAUUGCUGCAGCAGUCGGACCUCUCCUAGGAGGAGCAUUCACAAGCCAUGUUUCCUGGCGGUGGUGCUUUUACAUCAACCUUCCGAUUGGCGGCGUCGCCGGGGGAAUCAUUCUCCUGCUGUACCGUGCUCCGCCCCCAUUGCCGUUCCUGGGCGAGCCACUGGUCGAAAAGGCUCUUCAGCUGGACUUCCCCGGGACGUUCCUCCUCAUCGGGGCCCUGGUCUGCUAUGUGCUGGCUCUUGAAUGGGGUGGAAUAUCGCUGGCGUGGAGCGAUUCCAAGGUUAUUGGGACAUUGACAGGCUUUGGUGUCUUGCUAAUCGCGUACGGAAUUGUUCAAUGGCUCGAGAAAGAACGCGCAGCAAUGAUCGGCCGUAUACUCCGUCAGCGAAACGUGUUCGUUCCGAUGAUCUAUAUUCACCUUUUGGCUGGCACGUUCUUCCUCCUGGUGUACUACCUGCCGAUCUAUUUCCAGGUCGUUUCUGGAGUAUCCGCGGCCGACAGUGGAAUCCGCAAUCUGCCACUGAUUCUCGCGCAAAGCGUUGCGACUGUUUCGUCGGGUAUUGUCCUCAGUCGCGUCGGAUACGCACCGCCAUUCCUGCUUUCCGGGGCAGUCAUCACGGCGAUCGGUUCUGGGCUUUUGUACACCCUCGAUGUCGACUCAGGGUCUGGCAAAUGGAUCGGCUACCAGAUCAUGACUGGUCUGGGUGUGGGAUGGUGUUUCCAGGUCCCUGUCGUCACCGCGCAAGCCGCCGUACAACCCGAGGAUUUGCCUUCCGUUACCUCGAUGGUCUUGACUGUUCAAACAAUCGGUGGCGCUAUAUUUGUCUCGGCUGGCCAGUCCGCAAUGUCAAAUGUCCUCCUCAAAGUCCUCCCAGGUCAGAGUCUUGACAUCGAUCCGCUUGAAGUGGUGACAACCGGCGCGACCGAGUUACGAGACACAUUCUCGUCGGACCAGAUGUCGGGUAUUCUCACUUCUUAUAUGAAGGGUAUCAAGGCCGCGUUCAUCAUUGCUACUGUUGCUUCCAGUGUUGCUACGGUGGUCUCUGUUGGUAGUCGGUGGAAAAAGCUUUCAUCGGCAAACGGGGGCGGUGCGAUGGCUUAA